UGUGACUGCAGUGAAGCAUCAGGACAUCACCUCAACACCAUGGCAUCCAUCAGUAACGUCUCAUCCAAAUACCAAGACCUGCUCUCCAGAAGCAUCCUGAUCUCAGAAGGACGUCCCAAAAUCUACCAGUUGAAACCCACAGAGGAGAAGAUUGGCACUGUGACCAGAAUGACUGUUGGAGAGAAAAACCAGGACAGGCCCAAUAAAACCGUCCUGCUGGUUGGUGAAAUAAGAACUGGAAAGUCUUCACUGGUCAAUGUUCUGUUCAACCACAUGAUGGGAGUGACCUGGGAGGAUGAAGUCUGGUUCCAGCUGGUGGAGGAGGAGGAGAACUCUAAUCAGACUGAGAGUCAGACCUCAGAUGUUGUGGUGUACCAGAUCUUUGGUUAUGAAGGUAACGCUCCACCCUACUCUCUGACCAUCAUUGAUACUCCUGGAUUUGGAGACACCAGAGUGAUUGAACGUGACGCCAUGAUCAGUGAAAGACUGCUGGACCUGUUUGGAGCAGAGGGCGGCGUGCUCAGUGUUCAUGCUGUGGGUCUGGUGAUGAAGUCAAGUGACAAUCAUCUGAGUGACCGACUGUUGUACGCCUUCAACUCAGUGAUGUCUCUGUUUGGAAAAGACAUGGAGAGAAACAUUGUGGCUCUGAUGACUCAGUCAGAUGGACUCACACCUCAAAAUGCUCUGAAGGCUCUUGAAGGAGCCAAAAUCAAAUGUGCAGUUAACAAGAUGAACCAGCCGACUCACUUCCUGUUUAACAACCUGCAGAAAAAGGAGAGAACAGAGGAAGAAGAAUUCAUUUUGGAACAUGCAUGGAAAAUCACCAAGAGAGGGAUGAACCAGUUCACUGCCUUCUUAGAUGAAGUAACUCCUCAGCAGCCUGACUGCAGUGAAGCUUCAGGACAUCACCUCAGCACCAUGGCAUCCAUCAAUAACGUCUCAUCCAAAUACCAAGACCUGGUCUCCAGAAGCACCCUGAUCUCAGGAGGAUGUCCCAAAAUCUACCAGUUGAAACCCAGGAAGGAGAAGAUUGGCACUGUGGCCAGAAUGACUGUUGGAGAGAAAAACCUGAACAGGCCCAAUAAAACCGUCCUGCUGGUUGGUGAAAUAAGAACUGGAAAGUCUUCACUGAUCAAUGCUCUGUUCAACCACAUGAUGGGAGUGACCUGGGAGGAUGAAGUCUGGUUCCAGCUGGUGAAGGAGGAGGAGAACUCUAAUCAGACUGAGAGUCAGACCUCAGAUGUUAUGGUGUACCAGAUCUUUGGUUAUGAAGGUAACGCUCCACCCUACUCUCUGACCAUCAUUGAUACUCCUGGAUUUGGAGACACCAGAGUGAUUGAACGUGACGCCAUGAUCUGUGAAAGACUGCUGGGCCUGUUUCGAGCAGAGGACGGCGUGUGCAGCGUUCAUGCUGUGGGUCUGGUGUUGAAGUCAAGUGAGAAUCGUCUGAGUGACCGUCUGCUGUACGCCUUCAACUCAGUGAUGUCUCUGUUUGGAAAAGACAUGGAGAGAAACAUUGUGGCUCUGAUGACUCAGUCAGAUGGACUCACACCUCAAAAUGCUCUGAAGGCUCUUGAAGCAGCCAAAAUCAAAUGUGUCAGAAAUAAGAAGAAGCAGCCCACUCACUUCCUGUUUAACAACCUGCAGAAAACAGAGAGAACAGAGGAAGAAGAAUUCAUUUUGGAACAUGCAUGGAAAAUCUCCAAGAGAGGGAUGGACCAGUUCACUGCCUUCUUAGAUGAAACAACUCCUCAGCAGUGUGACUGCAGUGAAGCAUCAGGACAUCACCUCAACACCAUGGCAUCCAUCAGCAACGUCUCAACCAAAUAUAAAGACCUGGUCUCCAGAAGCAUCCUGAUCUCAGGAGGAUGUCCUAAAAUCUACCAGUUGACACCCAGGAAGGAGGAGUCUGGCACUGUGACCAGAAUGACUGUUGGAGAGAAAAACCUGAACAUCCCCAAUAAAACCGUCCUGCUGGUUGGUGAAAUAAGAACUGGGAAGUCUUCACUGGUCAAAUCUCUGUUCAACCACAUGAUGGGAGUGACCUGGGAGGAAGAAGUCUGGUUCCAGCUGGUGGAGGAGGAGGAGAACUCUGAUCAGAGUGAGAGUCAGACCUCAGAUGUUAUGGUGUACCAGAUCUUUGGUUACCAAGGUAACGCUCCACCCUACUCUCUGACCAUCAUUGAUACUCCUGGAUUUGGAGACAUCAGAGGGAUUAAACAUGACGCCAUGAUCAGUGAAAGACUGCUGGACCUGUUUCGAGCAGACGACGGUGUGCGCAGUGUUCAUGCUGUGGGUCUGGUGGUGAAGUCAAGUGAGAAUCGUCUGAGUGACCGACUGUCGUACGCCUUCAACUCAGUGAUGUCUCUGUUUGGAAAAGACAUGGAGAGAAACAUUGUGGCUCUGAUGACCCAUUCAGAUGGACUCACACCUCAAAAUGCUCUGAAGGCUCUCAAUAAAGCCAAAAUCAAAUUUGGGAGAAACAAGAAGAACCAGCCGACUCACUUCCUGUUUAACAACCUGCAGAAGAAGGAGAGAACAGAUGAAGAUGAAUGCAGUUUGAAGUAUGCAUGGGAAACCUCCGAGAUAGGAAUGAACCAGUUCACUGCUUUCUUAGAUGAAGUAACUCCUCAGGUAAUGAAUGAAACUGUCGAAGUCCUGAAUGAACGUGUUCGUCUGGCAGCCUGCAUCCAAAACCUGCGGGAGAGGAUUGAUCUGAUAGAGAAGAAGAGAAGAGAGAUCCAGCAGAAAGAGGAAGCUGUGAGAGAAUGUAAUGAAAUGAUGAGAGAGAAUAAGAAAUACAGCGGUCAUGGAGAGGUGUCAUACAAAAAAAGAAAAGAGUUAUCUACUGGAGGCGUGGGCUUCUUCAAGUAUUCAGGAGCUGUCUGCUGCACUUCCUGUGAGGAGAACUGUCACUAUCCAUGCUCUGUGUCCUGGACUGCAGGAUGGUGUGAGGUGAUGAGAGGUGGCCGCUGUACUGUUUGCAGUGGGAAGUGUCCUGCAUCGUCUCAUGUCAAAGACAAAUGGAUAUAUGUCACUGAGUCAAAGAUAGUUCCAUAUACUAACACAGAGAUGAAAGAGGAGUAUGAGAGGUACAAGUUGGCCGGAGAUCAAGAAGAAGCCCUGCUGGAGAAUCUGAAAGACCAGGAGAAGGAGAUGAUGGAGGAGGAGAGGCCACUGCUGGAUGAAGCCUACCAACAUGUGAUCAGUCUGGAGAGCAUCGCCCUCAACGUCGACUCAGUGUCCACCUACGUCCACUAUGACUUCCUGAUCAAGAAAAUGUCAGAGAGAGGAGACCAGGAGAAGGUCGAGAAGCUGAACGAGAUGAAAUAUAAAGCGGACGAACAAACCAAGUCAGGAGCAUCAUAUCUGUACAAUAAAAUGCAGGAAUGGAAAGACCGGGUCAUGAAGUAAAAGUAAGAGCUGAACGUCCUGGUGUUCAAUUUACUGGACAAGCGUGUGAUUUCCCAGUCAAAUAUUAUCUGGAUUUAUUGAGCUUAAAUGCUGCAAAGUACUGUAUUACUCCCGGGGGGGGGGGGGGGGGGGGGUGUCAAACAGCGGAGUCCCGGACAGCUCCCCAAUAAUGACGGUUAGGAUCCGCACCUGGACAGUGACGAUGACAUUUGGGCUAUCACCCUUUCUCCUCUGAACUAUUUUGUUUCGUAAAAAAGUCUUUAAUUUUCGCCUGUUUCAACAUGUGUCUCCCGCUGUAUUGUUGUUGUGCUGCGCGCUUUGUCGAGGUAAUGAAACAUGUGCUACAACUUUAGUUCCACAUGAAAAAAAGUUUUGUUCCACAUAAACCAUGGCUAUUCAUAAAAGAUCAGAUUCAGGGUUUUAUUGUUGUUGUUUUUUGAUAAAAUGAUGUGGAAAUUGCCUUUUUUAAUUUAAACUUUGCUUGGAGGGAAUAUUCAAAUAAAAAUUGAGCUUGGAAGGAAUAUUUUUCACUGUACAUUUUGACCGGCGGUGGUAAAAUAUGUCGGAGUUCGGCAGAUUUUACCAGUCAAAGUCCGGUAAUUACCGGAUAACGGAAACCCAGAAGCACAUAGAAGAAUUAUAAAUUAUGUACAUGAGAAAGCAAAGGAGGCAGAGAGAAAGACUCAGGGGUCAGUCCAUGCUGAAGCUGGAGGAUUAGCCCUGAAGCUACCAAAUGUGGUGAGGACUGGAUAGGAUGAACUAUUGUUUGGGAUUAUAUUGUCAAUAGAGGUUGAAAAAAUAUGCGUUGUUUUUCAGUAACAUGAGUUCACACUGGAAGCUUCGAUUGAUACUAUUUUUUUUUACUUUGAUUUUUAUCCUUUACUCCUUUAUUUCUCAAAAGUAUAAUGUAAGCUCAUUUAAUCACAAAUUAUUUUAUAAUCCCGCUCAUAUAUAAUCCCAGGCAUGCUGACUAUUGUUUAACCAGUAAAGUAUUGUUGUGUUUAUAAUCCGACAUUAUCAUCUUUUGCACUAAGAUUGCUUCUCUGCUCAUAAAGUAGAACAGGAUGCAGCUGUUGAACUGAAUAGAACCUCACGAGUCGACAUCUUGUCCUGAUUGGUUGGUGUGAAGAAGUCACCUGCAGAUCCCACGUGGGUUGAGUGCAGUGAGUUUUGUUUUUUUUUUGUUUUGUUUUUUUUUCAAUGUGUGCCUUUGUUUUUUUGUGAAGAACUGAGGCUGCGGUUGGUUCCCUUGGUAACGAGACAGGAACACAUGUGUCAGAUCAGAUCAUGGACGGUAGAAUAUUAAAGCCCUGUUUUCCAGUGGCUGGCUCUCGUCCAGAGGCGGCCGCCUGCUGGAGCUCUCUGAACUUCCAAUCUGACAAAGAAAAACAUCUUUGAAUAUUUCUGAAGCUGGAAAGAGUCAGCCUUUGAAUCAGACACCCAAAUUUAGAUUAAAAUCAGAUUAUCUGGAGCGGCGAAAUCUGAACACUGCUCACCUAAAUUAUCCAAAUCCAAAUCAAUACAAGUCUGAAAUUUAGACGAGUAAGAACCAACACAAAAUCAGUUCUCUUUGACUUUUGUUCAUUUAUUCUGGUGUUUCACCUUUUUACCAUAGUUUUUCUUGAAUUAUAACUUGUAAUCCUUUCAGUGAAUAAAACCCAUAAAAAGUUAAAACUUC